GGGGUUGCCGGUAAGUAAUAAUUUUUUCGUGAAGGUCCUCAAAAAUUUCCUGGCUCGGCCAAAGAAAAAUAGAAAUUGAAUUCAUUCAUCGUUACUUAAAAUUUCCUGAUAUGGCUCCUCAUUGCACAUAGACCGCGCAUCGGCGGGACGAUAUCGCCGACGCCGACAAAUUUGUAUGGGAUCUACCCGUUGCUCUAUCCGGGAUCCUGAACGCAUCCUUCGCUUUCGCCGUCGAUAAGCCUUCUGCGGAGCCGGAGAAGGAGUCCUUCACCAUUUGAGGGUAUUUUGAACCUUUCCAUUUCCGAAAUAGCCGAAGGGACGUCCGAAGCACCGGAACGAAGGUCACUAAAUGAGUUUUCGGUAGAAGCUCUUCUCUGAGAAGUUGAUCGGCCAAGCCAACGGCGCUCGGCGGUCUCUACGACGGAACGGAGGCGAGACAUCCUCGCAGUUACUCCUUCACCGUGGCGUAACUGGCAACUCUGCCAUUCCUUCUCCCGCGUCCGAGCUUUUACUCAAAUAGCUCUGAGCCCUAAGGGAAGGGAGAAGAUUUUUUUCUCUUGCUUCUUUAUAUAUUCUUUCAUUACGCGGUUCGAGUUUUACUUCGAGCAGUGACUGGUAUAGGAAAUCGUAAUUCGAGCCGGGUUCCCGGAUGAAGGAUGAAUUCAUUGGGACCUAAACAGCUAGAUAUCCGCCAGAUCUACGCUCGAUACUGCGAUAUUGUAGCUGUAAACGAUCAUGCAACUGCAAGGGAGUUGCUAUCCAUGCUUUCACAUUCAAUUGAAUCACAAGCAAGGAAUGUAAUUCUCAGUGACCUCACUAAACUCAUGUCUUGUCUUAAUUUGUUGUUUGAUUCUCGUCAAUUUAGUUGUUUCUAUGAUUUUGUCUUCUUUAUCUGCUGUGAGAACGGGCAGAAGAAUAUCACUGUAAGCAGGGCUAUCACUGCCUGGAGAUUGGUUUUAGCAGGGAGAUUCCGCUUACUUAAUCAGUGGUGUUGUUUUGUUGAGGAACACCAGCGCCAUAAUAUAUCAAUGGAUACAUGGCAGCAAUUGUUAGCUUUUAGUCGAUGUGUAAAUGAAGAUCUUGAUGGCUAUGAUUUUAAAGGGGCUUGGCCUGUGCUUAUUGACGAUUUUGUGGAGCAUAUGUGCAGUAUCAAUCAAUCCAAGAGUCGCAGCACAGACCUUUACUGCAGUUGCAGCGACAUGCAAGCUGAACCUACCAUAUCAAGCACAUUUCGUGGAUUGACUCUACUUCCAGGAUCCAAGAGGAAACUUUUUUAUGACACUGAUAUUAGAUUUCACAAGGAAAAAGUGUCGUCAAUCGAUAAACCACAGUCAGCAUGCCUGAUAACAAAGAGAUUGAAGCAGAACUUUGGUCUAAGAAGACGAGGACGUUGGGACUUAAAAUCUGAUGCUGCAGAAGACAAUAUGGCUAAGCAUGGCUCUCUAGCUUGUCUGAAAACCUCCGCAUGUGCAGUAGAAGACAGCUUAGCUAAAGGCUUUGAAGGACAGCUAUUGAUAGGCCGCUGUUUUCAGCUUGAACAUAAGGAUUACUACACUUAAGCAACUUUACAGUACGAGUCUAUAGUUGAUCUAUUAUCUGAGAUUUCUUAUUUGGCGGAGCAUUGUAAUGCCUUUUCUUUUAUCUUUCUAAUCAUCAUCAUCAUCAUUAUUACUUUUGUUGUUAUUUAUUUGUAUAACUGUUUUAAAGAUGAACUGGCUUUCAAUUUGGUAAUAA